AUGUUUGCGCAGAUGGCGUCCACGGCAGCCGGUGUUGCCGUCGGUAGUACAAUCGGACACACGCUAGGUGCCGGGCUAACAGGUAUGUUCAGCGGUGGCGGUGACAGUGCAGUGGACACUCCACAGAGCAACGCAGCGGUCCUCGACAACACGGAACAGAACACUGCUCGGUGUGACGUCGACGCUAGAAACUUCACCAGGUGUCUUGACGAGAACAACGGGAACUUCCAGAUAUGCGAUUACUAUUUGCAGCAAUUGAAGGCCUGCCAGGAGGCAGCGAGACAGUACUGA